AUGCUGAACUGCUCUCGACCUGACCCACAGUCCCUGCUGGAGGCUCUCCAACCAGUCUUCAAACUGAGCUCCAUUAGACCUGUUGUGGAUAUGUCAGUCCCCACUAACAUCAGCAUUGGCUUCAUUCUGUUUGGCAUUUUGGGGGUGGAUGAGAAGGCCCAAGUCCUGAAAACAUUUAUCUGGCAAGAAUUAGAAUGGAGAAAUGAGUUUGCCAGGUGGGACCCAGAACAAUGUGGUUCUUCAUGGAUUACAAUUCCAAGGAAGCUGCUGUGGGUACCAGACGUGGUCAUCAAUGAAUUUAUGGAGAAGAACUCAGCUCCGUUUGUCCCAUACACCUAUUUGUUUUCUGAUGGACUGGUUCUUGACAAACAGCCUGUAAAAGUCAUCAGCUCCUGCAGGCUCGACAUCUACACGUUUCCAUUUGACAUCCAGAAUUGCAGUUUAAGCUUCAACCCCUACAUACACAUUUUAAGAGAUGUGCGGCUUGACCUCUCAUCAACUGUAGAGGACAUAUUAAUGUACUCAAAAGAAGUGAUGAAAACUAUGGGCGAGUGGGAACUGAUUGGUCUCUCAGUGAAGAUUUCUGAACUACCAUCCUGGAAAAAUGAAACAUACCAUGAGAUUCGCUUCUUUGUGUCAGUGAGACGCCGGGCCACCCUCUAUGUGGUGAACCUGCUGAUGCCCAGCUGCUUCCUCAUCACAGUGGACCUCCUAAGCUUCCUGCUGCCUCCAAAGAGUGUUGAUCGCUCCUUGUUUAAGAUGACCCUCAUCCUGGGCUACACUGUCUUCCUGCUCAUCAUGAACGACCUGCUGCCCAUCACCGGAAACACCAUACCUCUCAUAAAUGUGUUCCUGUGUCUGUGCCUGUCUCUGAUGGUGGCGAGUCUACUGGAGACUACCCUCAUCACAAACCUUCUUUGUGGCUCCGCUCACUACUCUCCAAUUCCUCCCUGGGCCCGAGUGUUUAUCCUUCACAUCCUGGGCCGCCUGGUAGGGCGUUCUCCAAAGCCCAGAGAUCUGGAGGACGCAGUCAUUCAAAAUCCUGAAGCACAAGAAAUGAAAGUCUCCUCCAUGGUGGUGGAGGACAGUGAGGCUCCAGAACAGAGAGGACCACUGGAUGGGAGCAAAGCUGUGCAGGAGCUAAAAAGCCUGGGCAAGGAACUCAAGGUCAUCCGCCUUCAGGUGAAGCAGCAGCUGGAUGGAAGCCAGAGCUCAGAGGAGUGGAUCCAGGUGGGUUUCAUCAUUGACCGCCUGUUUUUCGGCCUCUACAUCCUCUUCAUAUCAGUCAGCUUCAUAACCAUCAUCGUUAUCUGGGCGCAGUCAUACAAUGCAUCCUGA